UUUUCGGUCUCUCUCCUGUCCUAAUCCUCAAGGAGGAGGAAGAGUUGGCUUUCAUAAUGGCCGAAACACGUCUAGUCUUCUCGGCUGGACGGCGUGUGUCGGGUGUUUGAAUUCCGACUAGUUGCCAUCUUUAGCUUUUCGGCCCUUCUCGCCUUUUGCCGAUUCAUUGUUGAACCCGAUUGCGAGUGACAUCUUUAUUCUUACUUUAUUCCAAGCCCAUUGCACAGACUAGCAUAAACUAUGCAAGGCCAUUGAAGAGCUCUGCUUCUUUUCUAAGCAGCACUGGUGUCUUGCCUCGAUUCUCGAGAUACAGCAAAGAAUUCCAACCGGCCGAAGAUUCACCCCCUUCGUUUUCAAAUGUCUUUUCACAGCCAGCAAACGGAUGCAAAAUACUGAGGCGAAGAAGAAUGAUGGACUGGGUUUUGUUCGCUGCAAGCGCGUCAACCGCCGGAAAUGCAUGUGGGCUUAUCUAAUUGGACUGGGAGUUCUGGCUGUGAUCUUGAUGACAUCCCAUCUACCACGCUCUAGCCUUAAUCCAUCAACUUUCGUCGAUAACGAUGACCAGCUCGGAAGCGGGAUGUGGAGACGUCAUUUGUUGACAAAUGAAGACAAUGAAGCAUCUUCUACAACGACAACAUCAACAACAGCAACGCCUAGUCUGAACCCUUUUAAUGGAACCAAUUGCACUCCGCCGGCUAUUAAAGAGUUUCCGCGGCCAAUCAUUCCACAAUACGUGAGAGCCAAAGGCGGUCUCGUUGUCCACCUGCUCAUUUCAGCCUACAUGUUCCUAGGGCUGUCAAUCGUCUGCGAUGACUAUUUCGUUCCUGCGCUGGAAAGAAUGGUCGAGUCUCUUCACAUGUCGCAAGACGUUGCGGGAGCGACUUUCAUGGCAGCAGGGUCGUCGGCCCCCGAACUUGCCACUGCUAUCAUCGGUGUUUUCAUAGCUAAGGACGAUAUAGGUAUCAGUGGUGUUAUCGGUUCUGCCGUUUUCAAUAUCAUGUUCGUUAUUAGCGUGUGCGCCCUCUUCUCCGGAGGUGUCAUCUACCUCAAUUGGUGGCCGCUCGUUCGCGACUGCAUCGCUUACUUUGUCUCUAUUUUCGCUCUUCUUUUCACCAUUUACAAUGAGGUGGUCACAUGGUACGAGUCCACCAUUUUCCUCUUGCUUUAUGUGGCCUACUGUGUAAUGAUGUACUACAACUCUGAACUGGAGCGAUGGGCCAACACCCUACCGAUUCCAAUUCCCGACUACGCCCGAAGACUUCCUGGUGGAGAAAACGCGUCGCUAAUGCCCUACAAGAAUCUAGACGUAGAAGGAGGUGGACCGUCUGGAAAACUCUACACUGACGAAAAAUCUCCCGAUUCUGCCAAAUCUUCGAUUGACGGAAACGCUGUCGGCGUCGACCCUACUUCACUUGGCAAAAUUAAGGAAGAGGAAGCUGAACGGUUUUCGCCUUGGGACGCACCGAUCGCAUUCUGCGAUCGAAUCGUGUGGGCUAUUUGCUUGCCAUUGCGUGCUGCUGCCUACUACACCAUGCCGAACUGCCGCUUAGAGAAGUGGGGCAGUUGGUUCCUCGUUUCUUUUUUUAUCAGCAUGUUGUGGAUCUCCAUCUUUUCUUACGUCAUGGUCUGGAUGAUUACUAUUAUUGGUUUCACGAUGGGAAUUCCGGAUACAGUGAUGGGCUUGACAUUCGUGGCCGCCGGUGUAAGUAUUCCAGACAUUUUGACCAGUUUGGCUGUGGCGAGGGAAGGUUACGGUGACAUGGCCACAUCCAACGCCAUUGGCAGCAACGUUUUUGACAUUCUUAUUUGUCUCGGGUUACCCUGGUUUCUUCAAACUGCCGUUGUUAGUCCAGGAAGUUUCGUGCGGGUCAUAAGCAAAGGCUUGACAUACUCCACGCUUUCAUUGCUGUCAACAAUUGUUUUCCUGUUGGGCGCCACGCAUCUCAAUGGGUGGAAAUUAGAUCGCAAAUACGGAGUGGCACUCUUAGGCUGGUAUUUCUUCUUCAUGAUCAUCGCUUCUAUGUACGAGAUGAACAUAUUCGGCUACUUCAAUCCACCAGAAUGUGACAGUGAUUUCUGAGAAAUUAGGCGCUUUGUUCUAGACCACCGUCCCGGAUUUGCACUAACAAAAAAACAACUACAAAAACAAAAACAAAAAACAGCCAGUUAUCUAUAGGAAUCAAGUAGUGAUAACCUGUAUUUAGCAGGCGAUGAAGCUGGUCACUGGUUUGCAUGUGAUGAACUUAUACAGUGUUCCAAAGUUUCAUCGGGCGCUACAGCUUUCGGCCACGCAUCCGUAGUUGUCGGUGGAGCGCAAAUUUUAUAUUCUUCUAUUCCGUACGGAUAUAACGGCAACGAGGUUUUCUUUCACAAUAACAUACACUUGCGAUUCAUCUGUUGUGUAGCACAAGACCUAGUCUGAUAUGUUCACUAAUUGUUUCUCGAUAUAGUCAUCGUUCUCUUGUUUGUUUACAUACGAUAAGUAUCUUUGGUGUUUCGACGUGUGCCAAUGUAUUGAUGUUAAAAAAUUCAAAUUGCUUUCAAUUUUCCUCCACCCCCCACUCCUUUUUUUCUUUUGAUUAUUAUUAUAUAAAUCAAUUAUCCAGUAUUAUUACGUUUCCUAAGCAUUCCACCUUGAAACCUUGUUAAUCGUAAUCAACAUGUAAGGGGAAGUGUUCUGUGAACGAUGAAGUUUAAAAAUGUUCAUUCCGACUUUAUUCAUCAUAAUUUAAUAUAGUGUUACACCAAGCAGUUGUGCAUACAUGAAUUAUGCAUGGUUCUCAUGGGAGAAACUAUAGAACAUUCUAAAAUUCUAGCAUACGUGUACUGUACUACUUCGGGUUAACAGCCUAUUGCACCUUGAGCUAAUAAAACAAUCAUUCGUCUAAAGUA